AUGACGGGGAAGCCACUCACCAAAGGACUCGGCGGCAGGAAAUAUGCGGUUGAUGGAUGGGACAUGGGAAGAAUGCUGAAAUUCAUACAGCAGGAGGCCGAGCAGAAGGCGCAAGAGAUAAAAAUAAAAGCCAAUGAGGACUAUCGUCUGAAAGUCUCUGAACUAGCUGUAAGAAGUGUACAGAAAAUAAACAGAGAGAAAGAAGAGGAGAUGCACAAGAUACACAUGGAAAGAAUCAUAGCAGAAGGAAAAUUAAGAGCAAAAGCAAGCCUAGGAAUAGCCAAGCAGAAAGAGCACACAAUAAACAAAAUACAAAGCACAGCAAUAGAAAGAUGCAAAUCACAUGCACUCACAGUACAGUUAGCAAAGGAAACAAUUCAGAAGUACAGGUUCAUCUUCUCAGAGAAAAAGAUGGUAGUGCACGUAAAGGAACAAGACAGAAGUAUUGUCGAGGAAUUGCUUAAAGAUGAAAACUAUAAGAUAGAGGCACUCCAUGAGAGUAUGCUGGGUGGAAUUGUUAUUCGAGAUGAAGAGCGUACGGUUCUAGUGAACAACAGUUAUUUGGAGAGAAUAAGACUUGCAAUUCAGAAGAUCCAGCCAGUAGUGCAGAGAGUAGUAUUUACUAAGCUAGACAAUCCUAAGUAA